UGUCGUUACCAGGAGAGGACUCCGUGCUGCCUCAGCAAUAGACGCAGGACUGCGCUUCACAGAGACACUGCAUGGAUGAGCCAUGGCCACGUUUGUGUGCAGGGUUCAAUUUUUAGAUGAUACCGAUCCUUUUAACAGCACAAACUUCCCAGAACCGACCAGACCUCCGCUAUACACCUUCAGGGAGGACAUCCCGCUCAUCAACCAACUCGCGGGCAUCCACCGACUCCUCAAAGCCCCCCACAAGCUUGAUGACUGUGCACUCCAGCUGUCUCACAAUGGCACCUAUCUCGAUUUGGAGUCAUCCCUGGCUGAGCAAAGAGACGAACUGGAGGGAUUUCAGCAAGAUGACACAGGAUCCAGAGGCAAGAAGCACAGUGUUAUUUUACGGACCCAGCUGACAGUCAGAGUCCACGCUUGUAUUGAAAAGCUGUAUAACUCCAAUGGCCGUGACUUGAGAAGAGCACUGUUCUCCCUGAAGCAGAUUUUUCAGGAUGACAAAGACCUGGUGCACGAAUUUGUAAUGGCUGAGGGUCUGACAUGUUUGAUAAAAGUGGGAGCAGAGGCUGACCAAAAUUACCAAAACUACAUUCUCAGAGCUCUGGGACAGAUCAUGCUGUAUGUGGAUGGGAUGAAUGGUGUCAUUGCUCACACAGAGACAAUUCAGUGGCUCUACACGCUGGUUGGCUCUAAGUUCCGUUUAGUGGUGAAGACAGCCCUGAAGUUGUUACUGGUGUUUGUGGAGUACUCAGAGUCCAACGCCCCACUGCUCAUAGAAGCCAUUACCUCUGUAGACACUCAGAGAGGAAGUAAACCGUGGUCAAAUUGUAUGGAGAUUUUACAUGAAAAAGAUGGUGUGGAUACAGAGCUACUAGUGUAUGCCAUGAGUCUUAUAAACAAGACUCUUGCAGCAUUGCCAGAUCAGGACUCAUUCUAUGACAUGGUGGAUAGUUUGGAGGAGCAGGGAAUGGAAACUGUAUCUCAGAGACACUUGGGGCGCAAGGGCACCGACCUGGAUUUAGUGGAGCAGCUCAACAUCUAUGAGAUGACUCUACGUCAUGAGGACGGGGACGAUGCCCAGCCUCCUCCUUCAGGACGGCGGGACAGACGCAGACCCAGUUUGGAGGUGGGAGAGAAGAGGCCUGGUUUACAGAGAAGGAAGAGUAGGAGAGCGUCUCUGAAUCGCUCUGGACACGCCUCCCCCUGCAGCCCCGCGUCCCCCCAGAGAGCUGGCCUUCCACCCCUCAGUGGACACAGGACAGAGGACAAGAGUGACAGCUCGGGCAGACAUAUUCCAUCUAUAGUCCAAAAAACAACUUUUCAGUCCAUUUCCAUCACAUCAUCGAGGAGGGACUGUAUAAAAGAAGACGUACAAAGAAGCCCUAAUGAACCAGAAUCAUCACCAACUGCAACUUUUCCCAGCUCUCCCUCAAUCACCAAGUCCCCUGUAAGCCCACCUCCUCAGCCAUCCAUACUGGCCACACUGCUGGCCCGCAAGAAGUCUACAGUGACUGUCCCAGCCGCUAAGGAGGUCAGCCCACCACAAAGAGGCACCAACCGACCAUCUCCUGACCACCUCCUAUAUACUCCCCACUUACCCUUUCACCUCUUUUCUUACGACCUCGAUGAAGAGCCAUCACCGGGCAAACCUAAACAAGAUUCACCCAAAACUACACCUCCCAGGAAUAAUAGUUUUAUGUCUUACCCCUCUGCAAGCACCCCACCUACACCCACAAGGCCAGCAUUGGGGGGCCUGCUGUCAUCAUCGUACCGUCAGCAUCAGGAGUCUCUAGCGGCGGAGAGAGAGAGACGGCGGGUAGAGAGAGAGGAGCGUUUGCAGAGGAUCGAGCGAGAGGAGAGGAACAAGCACAGCCGCGACUAUGUGGAUAAAAUGGAAGAGGCCCGGCUUGCACGAGAAGAGAGGUGAGUACAAAACGUGGAGCGGCUUGCAGCUGAGGAGUUUGAGAGGGAGCAUGUUAAGCCAUCGAGAACUCGUCCUAAUUUUGACCUGACCUUUGAACCUUCGGAGGCCUGGCCUGCAUCAUCACGCAGCAGCACCCCAUCCUCCUUCACCUCCCAGGAUGAUGGAGACGCAGACAACGAGACAGAAGCACCCACCCCCUACACACCCCUUGAAGACACCGGUGAGGCCGAUGACUCCAGCGCCAGUGUAGAAGCAGAGGAAAAGGAAGUCGAAGCCCCAGCUGAAGAAGAAGAGGAGCAGAAAGGAGAGGAGGAGGAGGACAUACAGGAGGAGGAAGAGGAGCAGGUCGACGUGCAGCUAGAACCUGAACAAGAAGAAGAAGAGCAGGAAGAGGCCGUAGAAGAAGAGAAGGAGGAAGAAGAAGCAGCGAAAGAGGAGUGUGAGCCUGAGCCGCAGCCAGAAACACAGAUCCCAGAGGAGGACACCGGGAUCCUUAGUGACAAAGAGCGACAAAAUGAAGAAGUGAACGAGAAAGACAACUGCUCUGCAUCUAGCAUCUCCUCUGCCAGCAGCACUUUGGAGAGAGAGGAGCGGGCCAGCAAUGACGAUGGCUUUAAAGAGCCAGAAGUAAAGGAGCCUUGCACCAAACUUCUCGACAGCAAACUCUUCAUGCUGGAUAUGCUUUACUCUCACAACAAAAAGCCCAGUGAUGAAGAUGAGGAAGACGAGUUGGGACGAGAAAAGGGAGAAGAGGAGGAUAAGGAUAACCAUGGGGACAUGGACAGUCAGAUAGAAGAGACUCAGGAAAGUGACAACAGACUAGAACAGUCUGAGCGUGGCAGCAUUCGGCAAUUUGCAGAGCGUUUCGGGGACUUGGUAAAGGACUUGGGUUCACCUCACGUGCUACGAGAGACAAUGAAUGAGCCACCUCCCCCUCCUCCACCCCCACCCAAAAAGGAAUCAGACACUAUAUGGGACCAACUGCUGGCCAGCCCCCGAGAGCUGCGCAUCGGCGACAUCAACUUCACCGAUCUCACGGAGGAUGAUGAUAAGAAUGUUCUGGACGCUGCGUUGAUGGGAGGCUGUGGGGAAAUGCCCCCACCACCUCCUCCUCCACCCUUCAUUCCACGCUUCCCUCCACCUCCGCCCAUACUGGGCUGUGGUCCGCCACCCCCUCCUCUGCUGGGGAUCAUGAGGCCUCCUCCUCCUCCCAUUUUCAAUGCCCCAGCUGCACUAGCUCCAGAACAACCUCUUUUCAACAAGAAGAAGAAAACCAUCAGACUUUUCUGGAGUGAGGUGCAUCCGAAUGAGUCUCACUGUAGUCACAAAUGGAGAGGGGACUCCUUUUGGUCCAAGCUGGAGAAUGUAAAAGUGGACACCAGUAAAUUGGAACAUCUAUUUGAGUCCAAGUCUAAGGAAAUGGCAGUAACAAAAAAAACUGCAGCUGAUGGAAAACGAACAGAAAUAAUUGUACUGGACUCAAAAAGAAGUAACGCCAUCAACAUUGGCCUCACAGUUUUGCCCCCACCUCGCACAAUCAAAACAGCCAUACUUAACUUUGAUGAAUAUGCACUUAACAAAGAAGGCAUAGAGAAAAUCCUAACGAUGAUCCCCACUGAGGAGGAGAAGCAGAGGAUCCAGGAGGCCCAGCUGGCAAAUCCGGAUCUGCCUUUGGGUUCAGCUGAGCAGUUCCUGCUCACCUUGUCUUCUAUCAGUGAACUCUCUGCCCGACUCCAGCUCUGGGCCUUUAAAAUGGACUACGAAGCAACAGAGAAGGAAGUAGCUGAACCGCUACAGGAUCUAAAAGAAGGAAUGGAACAGCUAGAGAAAAACAAAACUCUCCGGUGCAUCCUCUCCACCCUGCUUUCAAUCGGAAACUUCCUAAAUGGGAGCAAUGCUAAAGGUUUUGAGCUGGCAUACUUGGAGAAGGUACCUGAAGUAAAGGACACAGUUCACAAACAGUCGUUGCUACAUCACGCCUGCUCCAUUGUGGUGGAGAACUUCCCUCAAAGUACAGAUCUCUACUCUGAGAUUGGCGCCAUCACAAGGACAGCAAAAGUGGAUUUUGAUCAGCUGCAGGAGAAUCUGUACCAAAUGGAGCGACGCUGCAAAGCCUCAUGGGAUCAUCUGAAGGUGAUAGCUAAACAUGAAAUGAAGCCUCAGCUCAAGCAAAAGAUGUCUGACUUCCUAAAAGACUGUGCAGAGAGAAUAAUUAUCCUCAAGAUAGUUCAUCGCAGAAUCAUCAACAGGUUCCAUUCAUUCCUGCUGUACCUUGGUCAGCCUGCUUACAGCGUUAGAGAAAUCAGUGUUCAUAGGUUUAGUAAAAUAUUGAGUGAGUUUGCACUAGAAUAUCGAACGACCAGAGAGCGUGUGUUACAACAGAAGCAGAAAAGAGCAGACCAUCGCGAGCGCAACAAAACCAGAGGGAAGAUGAUCAUGGAUGUCAAUGCUCCUUCUGAGGAUGAAGAGGAGAUUGAGUGUGGUCGGCACAGCUCAAGCACCAGUACCAGUAACAGUGGUCCAAGCUUCAGUCAGGACAGUGAGCAGCCUCAAGGCCUGGGCCACGCUGAAGACGCUGCAGAGCAUGAGCACAUGAAGGCCGUCCUUAGAAACAGUCUUAGUGGAGGAGACAAGGAGGGGAGUGGAGUACCAGGACUACGGACACGCACACGCUCUCGACCAGGGCGCGGAGGUCGUACCAUGCAGGCACGGACCCCUGCCAUUGAAGAUGCACAGAUCACAGGAGAAGAUGCCGCUGACGAAAUCAUGGAGCGAAUAGUGAGGUCUGCCACGCAAGGUCCCUCUUCACGAGCCCAGCCCAGAGAGAGGAGGAGGUCCAGGGCUAACCGCAAAUCUCUGCGACGGACAUUGAAAAGUGGUUUGACUCCAGAAGAAGCUCUAGCUUUAGGAUUAGUCGAUUCUCCUGAGCCACCGAUUUGAUCAGUUGCCCCUCAUCCUACUGGGCGUUAAGGUGGAUCCUUCUCUGCUGGUGUUUGCGUGCACACAUCUUUGUCAGCUGCUAGUCUUCACAGACUCUUAUGCGACUCUCAGUAGUGCAAAUAUAAUUGUAAUAAAUGAAAAACUAUUAUAUUCUAUAUUCCAAAUGUCUGGAGUACAGAAAUAUUGAAAUAUUGAUAAAAAACUUUUUGCUGAUAAAUUAUAUCAGUACAGUAUUUAUUAUGCUGUUUUUAUUUUAAGCUGUGAAUUUGCAUUACAUAAAUUACAGGUUAUUUCAAGCUAUAUCAACAAAUUCCAAAGUCUUUAGAAUUGAGUUUUUCAAAAGAAAGUGAUGGUUUUUGGCUUAAGUGCCUUUGCAUCAGUAUAUUGUUCUUUUGCUCAUCUCGAUAUUCUUCGUUCACCUUCCAUCAUGCCAGAAUCUGCCCUUCUGUGUUCUCUGCUUUUGGUCAGUAUAUUUGUUGUCAUUAUGUGAUGGACACCGGUUACUUGCCUAAUUGUUCUCAGUAUUUAUUUGCAAUUUGAAGAUAGUCUUUUUGUAUUCAAAUGUGUGGAUAAUUGCACCUUACUCUCAUUCUUGACUUACACACAAUGAAAGGUAGAAUGAACUCAAAGACAAAAUGUUUUACAUAAAUUGUAAAGUGUAAAA